AUGGAGAAAAAACCGAACCGGAACCCAAAUCAAACCGAUUGUUGCAAUCCGGUUAAAAAACCAGGCCCAGUAUCCAUAGAUCAUGUAUUACUAGCAUUGAGAGAAACGAAAGAAGAGAGAGAUGUUAGAAUUAGAAGUUUAUUCAAUUUUUUUGAUGCAGCAAAUUUGGGGUAUUUAGAUUAUGCCCAGAUUGAAUCCGGGUUAUCGGGGCUCCAAAUUCCUGCUGAGUAUAAAUAUGCGAAGGAUUUGUUGAAAGUUUGUGAUGCAAAUCGUGAUGGAAGGGUUGAUUAUCAGGAGUUUAGGAGGUAUAUGGAUGAUAAGGAAAUGGAGUUGUAUAGGAUUUUUCAAGCUAUUGAUGUUGAGCAUAAUGGCUGCAUUUUGCCUGAGGAGUUAUGGGAUGCUCUUGUUAAGGCUGGAAUUGAAAUUGAUGAUGAGGAGCUUGCCCAUUUUGUUGAGCAUGUUGAUAAGGAUAAUAAUGGAAUUAUAACUUUUGAAGAAUGGAGAGAUUUUCUUUUACUUUAUCCACACGAAGCAACUAUAGAAAAUAUCUACCAUCACUGGGAAAGGGUAUGCCAUGUAGAUAUUGGAGAACAAGCUGUUAUUCCAGAAGGAAUCAGCAAGCGAGUUCAUAGGAGUAGAUAUUUUGUUGCAGGGGGUAUAGCAGGAGCUGCUUCUCGUACUGCGACUGCUCCUCUUGAUCGCCUGAAGGUCGUUUUACAAGUUCAGACUACACGUGCUCGACUGGUGCCUGCUGUUAACAAGAUAUUGAAGGAAGAAGGUUUCUUGGGUUUCUUCCGUGGUAAUGGGUUAAAUGUUGUGAAGGUUGAUAUAGGUCCUGGUGGGAGACUUUUAGCUGGCGGUAUGGCAGGUGCAGUUGCACAGACUGUUAUCUAUCCCAUGGAUCUUGUGAAAACUAGGUUACAAACUUUUGCUUGUGAAGGUGGAAAGGCUCCAAAUUUGGGAGCACUAACAAAGGAUAUAUGGCUUCAGGAGGGACCUCGAGCUUUUUAUAAAGGUCUCGUGCCCUCUCUUCUUGGGAUUAUCCCUUAUGCUGGCAUUGACCUUGCUGCCUAUGAGACUUUGAAAGAUAUGUCAAAGACAUAUAUACUGCAAGACAGUGAACCUGGUCCCCUUUCUCAAUUGUGUUGUGGAACAAUCUCAGGAGCCCUUGGAGCAACAUGUGUUUACCCCUUGCAGGUUAUUAGAACCAGAAUGCAAGCUCAACCUCCUAAUAGUCCUGCCCCUUACAGAGGAAUGUCUGAUGUAUUUUGGAGGACAUUUAAGAAUGAAGGUUAUAGAGGUUUUUACAAAGGGAUUUUUCCAAAUCUUCUGAAGGUUGUGCCAGCAGCAAGCAUAACGUAUAUGGUUUAUGAGGCUAUGAAAAAGAGUCUAGAUCUUGAUUAG